CAUCUGUCAUCUGUAGUGAGGUAGGGACAGUCUACCAUCUGAGGAAAACUUUUUUUCUAAAUUAUGACUUUGGAGUAGAAAUCACACUACAUAGAAUAGGAAUCAGAUCCAGUGGAUAUUAUCUACUAUCAGUUUGAGUUCUGCAGUUAGUUACUUGUAGGCUACGUAUUUUGAAACUAGCUGCGUAACAAUAAUGAAAGGACUCAGACAAAGUUAACCAUUAACAGUAGUUUCUCACGGGUUACACUGUAAUACUCACGAGAAAAGCUGUUACAGGUACACAGUUAUGUCAGCGGCAUCGGACACAAGCUGUCACUUUCAACAACAAAGACUGAGGCUUGGGAGCGCUGGUUCUCCCGGUUUACCCAACAAUAGCAGCAGGCUCCAACCCAUUCGUGCCAUCGUUCCCUAUCAGCUUUUGCGCGGUGGUCAGCAAAGUCCACCUCGGUCUUCCUCUGUCUGCGCUGGGAGCAACGUUGGGCCAGCGUUGAGCCUCAGCUCGAGCCUCCCAUGCCAAAUACAGUUGCCUUCAAGUCAUGGAGGAAACAACGCCACGGUGGACCAGAGGUUGCCUGGGAUGCAAAGACUCUCUCCUGAAAGCAGGAGCUCACCUGAAAGAUCUUUAAACUCAACGCACAGAGUGGAAAGGUCCACACUGCAGCCUGCCCGUGGGCCUACUGCCAUCCGCCGCACGUCAUCCCUGGACACCGUCACCGGGCCCUACCUCACGGGUCAGUGGCCUCGCGACCAGCACACCCCAGACCCGUCCUGGACCACAGACAAAGCCACACAGACAUCCGGCUUGUGGGGUGAGGACAAAGGAGACCUGGGAUGUGUACAUCAACGCUCAGCAUCUUGGGGUAGUGCUGAUCAUCUCAGAGAGCAGAUUGCUAAACUAAGGCAACAGCUGAAGAAGCAGGGGAUCAGGCCCUGUCGAGAGAAGGAGAGAGAGAAGGAGAAGGAGAAGGAUCAGGGACCAUCAACCAGAGGCAGCCUGGCGCAGACAAAGGCACCAGCUCCUUCUACUGCCUCAAAGCCGCUGGUAUGCAGAGCCCCUAGUUACACGGAGGCCAUCAACCACGAGCUGGAGAAUGUCUUUAUCAAUGAGCAGUGGGAGAGGGAGGACCUGACGCUGUUGGAGGUUCAGGAUGGCCGACGGGCCCCUUUCCCCCCGCAUCGCCACGGCAGCAGCAGCAGCGGCAGCCACGGUGGCGGUGGCAGCGGUGGUGUUGGUGGUGUUGGUGGCGGUGGGAGCAGACGGAGUGCGGAUGCCCUGGCCGUCUCCAGCUGCUGCUCCAGCCCGUGGUGCUGCCACUCCCCCUCCGCCUCCCCCACGGGGCCCCCCGACUCCCAGACCAGCAGCCCGUGGCUCCUGGAGGACCAGGACAAAGAUAGUGGGAGUGGCUCACCUCUGCCCAAGUAUGCGACCUCUCCCAAGCCCAACAACAGCUUCAUGUUCAAACGCGAGCCUCCUGAGGGCUGUGAGAAGGUCAAGGUCUUCGAGGAGACAGUGUCCAGUGGCUUUCCUCUGUUCUCCUGCCCCGAUAAAAACAAGGUGAACUUCAUCCCCACCGGCUCGGCUUUCUGCCCUGUCAAGAUGCCCUGCCCGGCCCUCCUGUCCCCCAGGUCGGCUGCCGUAGCCGUGGGCUUCCACACGGCCGACCGCGUCCCAGGUGCCACCCCUUCCUCCGGGGACAGGGUACUGCCUUCAGGCCCUGGGACCCGUUAAGGUGCUCCGCCGCCGGGCGGCUGUUCGCCUCGCUUCGUCUUCUGCCAGAACGCACCAGGGGGCCAGACCCUUCUCUGAGACCUUGUUUCGCAGACCAUCCUAUGGAUGGGGGCACAUGGAUGAGAUUGUAAUAUGGAAAAGAUCACUGACUGGAAUCACUAUCAUCACUGUGGAUGCCACUGGGCUCUCUCUCUCUCUCUUUCUCUCUCUCUCUCUCUCUCUCUCUCUCUCUGUCUCUCUAUCUAUCUAUAUAGCCCUAACCAGGCUUUUCUUAAGAACUCUAGGAACUAUUACCACUGCAGUGGCCCCUUUUUUAAAAAAACCCUGCAGUUUAAAAUUGUAGAAGCUCCAAGAAGGAUGGGAAUAGAGAGGAGGAGUAUAUAUUGUUCAGCAAGUAGUUUUCUCCAACUCAGAUUUAUGGUGUUAAAACACAAAUAUUUGUAUAAGCUUUUUUUUGUAUGGCAAUGCCAUAUGGUGUAUUUUUCUCAUUUAGAACUCAAUGGCUCCUCAGGAACCUUAAUAAAACAUAUAGCUGCAGGUAUGUUACUGAACUUUGGACAGAAUGCUAAACGCAUGGAGCUAUAGUCAGUUGGUCAAUAGUAAGCUAGCGGUCGGUUUUGUAGCACAGUCCGUCUCCUCCUCCAGGCUUUGGCAUGUGUCCUUAGGUGGACUGGAACGGAAUAUCAGAGUGCGCUGUGUCUGCAAUUACACUGGAAAAUAUUCCACUCAAGGCCUUUUCCUCUUUGACCUACUAGGCUACAGUAUAUUACAAUGUCUCCAUUAUUGUACAUUGUUUGUCCUUAUGGAAGCGUGACUGACGCUGACGUCUUAAGCUAAAUGCAAUCUCUACCGCUGCACUCCAGGGUGCAAACCCCAGAUGUAGCGUAAUCAGUCAUAACAUGUUUUCUAUUUUCACCAUGUAAUGGCUAAUAAUAUCAUUUCCAGCUAUGACUUUUGCCAAAUGUUUCGACUAAUCACUUAUUAUAGGGCUGAGUUUGACUGUUUAAUACAUUAGUUGUCCUGAAUGAAAUACUACAUGUGAACGUGACUCAAAGGAUGUAUCGUACUGUACUAAUACAGUGGAGCGACUGAUGCCUGCAUUGUUUUGUUUGGUUUUUAAGUACAUUUUGGUAUUCUUGCCUUUAUUUUAGAUAAGACAGUGAAGAUUGACAGGAGUGAGUGGGAGAGAGAUGGGAUGGGUCAGGAAAUGGACACUUGGGCCCAAAUAUGUUUCUGUGCGCAUAUUAUAACAAGACAUAAAGGGCAAAGUGGAUACAGUAACCGAAUGUGCUGAGAUGUUUUUGGUGUACUUGUCAUUAAGCCUGUUGAUCACCAUGAUCCAUGAUGUCUGAAUGCUUGCCAGCAUUUGAGUACACAUAAUAUGCUAUCUUGUGUCUAAUAGAUGCCACCAAAAAUACUUAAUGGUAAUUGUGAGUUCUUUAUUGAAACAAGUGACUCACUUAAAGUAACAUCACAUAGUUACUCAAACAAAAUGUAAUCAAAUAAUCAGAGUGCACACUUUUAUUAACCUUAGCUUGUGAAAUAAUCAUGAAAAUAACAUGAAAAUAAAAAGUUAAAGCAUUCCAAGUAAACCAAAUCUACCCAAUUGGACCAAUGCUAUUACUUAACGUGGGAAGCAUCUUUAUGCAUAGAAGACAAAUAUUUAUUUUUGACCUUUUGCAAGUUUAUGAAAUUCUCAGAUUUGUGUAUGUGUUGAUUGUUUGUUAUGAGAUUGCUGCAAUGUAUUUUUCCACACAAUAGCUGUGGUAUCUUUUUUUUUAAAAUAAAGGGUAUGAUCAAAACAGCA